GAUCUGGCGCUGCUUUAAUCAUGACCCAGGCAGAAUUCGAUAAAGCUGCUGAAGAGGUAAAAAAGCUGAAGACUCAACGAACUGACCAAGAGAUGCUGGACGUCUAUAGCCACUUCAAACAGGCUACUAUUGGAGAUGUAAAUACAGACCGUCCUGGGAUGCUUGACUUCAAAGGCAAAGCCAUGUGGGAUGCCUGGAAUGCGUUGAAAGGAAUGUGCCAAGAAGAUGCAAGGAAAGCAUAUAUAGCAAAAGUCGAAGAACUGAAGGAAAAAUAUGGAAUGCAAUGAACUCAUACAGGCUGCCUUAAAUAUAAACAAGCCUUGCCAAUACUGUGGAUAACUAAAUGUUGUACUACCCACUACUGCAGUGCCAAGCAGUGAUGCCACUUUAGAGUUAAUAGUUGUGUAAAUGGUUUGCUCUGUGAACGUCUAAUGGUUUAUAGAAUAAAAUUACCA